AUUAACGUAUCUAUGAAAAGCGUGUUCGUCUUUAAAUCGUUGGGAAAUUAGCAUCUUCAUGAUUUUUCCUGGAUUUUAGCAUUUCAUGUUUAUUCAGGUUUGUGGGUUAAACUGGUGAGUGAUAGGACAAGAAGAUGGGACGAAUUCCAAAGAAACCCCAUGAGGUUCUGUUGGACGGGCUGCAGACUGAUCUCAAAGGAUUGCUUAUGAGGUUCAUAGCUACGGAGAGUGUUCGCUAUGAGGAGUUUGCCAAAAUUUGGAGAACUCUCAAUUUCCCUGUCAUCUUUUAUGGUAUCAAGAAUGAUGAACAGCUGAGAACGUUCACAUCAGAAGCAUUUGCCAUGUCUGCGUCAACUCUCGUCCCUCCACAUGACCUCCAAACCAGGAUAUGUUCAAUGUACAUGCUCUAUGGCUUGUAUCACACGCAGUUGUGCACACCCAAACUCAAAAUCCGGGUAGACCCAGAGACGUGGAAAGCCUUGAUGAAUCUCUCCAAGGAACUCAAAGAUCAAGGUCAUCUGGAUGCAGCCUACAUACUCCUCAAGAUGCAGAAAGACAAGAUCUUCCAGUUCACUGCAACCCUAAGACAUGCAACCUACACGAGGCAUAAAACUGAAGAUCAAGCUUAUGAAAGAUGGAAAGCUGGCAAAGAGCUCAUGACAACGACCUUCAACCCAGACCUAUUAGAGGUGAGGAAUUACUUCCUGUUGAUAUAUGUUAAUAGCUUCCUCUUUUGAUAACACAAAUUUGAAUAUGUAGGACCAUACAGCACCCGGGCAGAUUCUUAACGAAUUUGCUCUCAACCGAUAACACACCAUUGAACAUGUGAGACUGUAUUUCACUCUCUACAUUGGAAGAAAUAUCCUGCUUAUUUAAUACAAGAACAUGUUUAGGUCUCAAUGCACCAAUAAUUGUUUCAUGUCCUCACAUCUCCCAAAACCAGAUAAUGUUCUUAUAGUUAACGAGCUUGCUAGCAAACUACAGUGUAUGUAUAUUAUUCUUUCCAGUAGUGGCAUAUCUCGUGUAUACGUGUGUGUUUGAGGGUGCUUUUCCCCAGGUGCUCCUUCUUUUUUUACAAGCUAAUUUGGUAAUUGGGCUCACAAGAAUAAGCCUUUAAAGCAACAAGCAAUUAUUCUGUUAAACUUUUUGAGAGUUCAUCGCAUUUUAACUAAUAUUUCAGACUUUAUUACUAUCAGAUGUCUUUCUUAAUUGC